GUGGAACCGUUCGCCUGGGCAAAUUUAGACCAUUUGCGUGCACAAGCGUUCUCUUCUGCUAAAAUUGCGCUAGAAUUGGCAAAAUUUGUAAAAAUAAGCCGGCGGUUAGAUCAAACUAGGCUUUUUCAAGGCACAUUAGAGGUGAUUUUAGAGUGAAAACACAGACGCGCGUGCAAAAAAGCGGAGUGGAAUUGCCUAAAGAAAAUCAGGAUCACGAAAUACCUUUUGCCCGGAAGUAGAUAUUUCUAGUGCUGAGUAUGUCCGGCAUUGCAAUUACGCGGUUGGGCGAGGAGCGCAAGGCCUGGCGUAAGGAUCACCCUUUCGGCUUUGUGGCCCGUCCCGCCAAGAAUCCUGAUGGUACUCUCAAUCUAAUGAUCUGGGAGUGCGCCAUUCCCGGCAAAAAGUCCACCCCAUGGGAGGGCGGCCUCUAUAAGCUGCGCAUGAUCUUCAAGGACGAUUACCCUACCUCGCCGCCCAAGUGCAAGUUCGAGCCGCCGCUAUUCCACCCGAACGUUUAUCCCUCGGGCACCGUUUGCCUGUCUCUUCUCGACGAAGAGAAGGACUGGCGCCCAGCCAUCACCAUUAAACAGAUUCUGCUGGGCAUCCAGGACUUGCUAAACGAGCCGAACAUCAAGGAUCCGGCCCAGGCAGAGGCCUACACCAUAUAUUGUCAGAAUCGGCUGGAGUACGAGAAGCGUGUACGUGCUCAGGCACGCGCCAUGGCGGCUACCGAGUAAUCUAUCCCCCAAGUCCUGGCCACUGGCAUACCACAUAGACAUUAACAAACACAUUUAGGCGGUAAGCGUUUUCGUGAAUGCUCUCCACAUCUAUUUACUUUUACUAAGUCGACUAAUGUUGAAAGAACCUGCACACAAACCAUCUGAUUAAUUCUUGUAUCGCAAUCGCUUAGUUACCAGCUAUUCUGUGUAUUUCAUCUGAAUAAAAUCAAAUAAGUUCUGUAA